AUGCCAGCCAAGACAAAAGGGGGUUCCAAUACAACCGUCGUCUCAUCUCCAGACCAUCUUCACCCAUCCUCCGCCGCCGCUUCUCCCAAAACCAAGUCCAACACCGCCGCUGGCUCCUCCUCCUCCUCAACCACUUCCACCGUCAAUGGCAGCACUCACAUCCCAGUCAAAGUUUCUCACCCAGUCAGCCCCUUCGACACCUCUCACAAUGCCUGGACAUGGAACCCGAUCCGUAUCAUUGAGCGUAAACUUUUCCGUGCGUAUUGGAACGUUGAAGCCACCUUCGUUUUGUCCAUGUUAGAAGCAUGGGAGGUGUUUCUCGUCAUCAUGGUCUUCCUCACCUUAACGCUUCUCCUUUGGUACUCGGCCUACCAUUACUUCCCCCGACACGCGAGAGAGGUGGCAACAAGAGCAUUGUACUAUGUCUACGGUAACUCGCCUCCGCCUCAACUAGCUGCUGCUGUCACCACCAAUGCGACAUCUGUUUCGGCAGCAGCAGGGAGCACGGCAUCGGCAGCAGUAGCGGCGGGUGAGGGAGUGUUGGAAAAGUUGAUCGCACAGAGUAACCAGCUGUGGGCAAGUCUGAACGCGGAAAAGUCAGCAAAGGAACCCAACUCGGAGGUGGUCGAUACUCUGAUCAACAACUUGAACAAGGUCAAGCAGAUGAUUUCCAAUGCUGGGGCAACGGGGAAGGCUGAGCUCUAG